AUGUCCUCUCCCAUCCAACUAGUAGCCUCUGAGAAGGAUAUCAAGGCGGUGACCAUCUACAAGUCGGACAGGGCUGAGGUGACCCGUAGUUUCAACGUGAUUUUACAGAGCGGUCGCAAUGAGGUCUCGAUACUCGGUCUGUCAAGCGCUAUCGACGUCGACUCGGCUCGUGUCACCGGCCUAGGCGAUGCGCGGUUAUUCGAGGUCUCUUGCAAGAUACAGAAGCCCGACUCGUGGGAUGUUCUCCCCGAUUCAGCCACCGAGCGCAUCCGCGCGCUCAAAGCGAAGAAGGCCACGCUGGUACAGGAGAAGUACAACGCGGAGUCGGUUGCACGGCUUCUCCGCGAGUACGGGAAGACGCUCAGCGGACAGAGUGUGCCUCCUCUGGACGCCGACGCGUUUUUCGACCGCUUUCUAGCGCGCGGCUCAGAUCUCGCGCGCACUGGCGCUCGCCUCGACGAGGAGAUGUUGCAGAUACAGCGGGAGAUACAGAAGAUCUCCGCGGAAAGCUCGACAACGAAGGGUCAUACUCACGGUCGAGUCACUGCCGUGAUCAUGGCCAAGGCUCAGACUGAGGCUGUCUUGAAGCUCACAUAUGUCGUUCGUCAGGCUCGCUGGAAACCCUCAUACGAGCUACAUGCCCACUCGGAUGAAGAUGGCAUGCCGGCGUCGUCGGUCUCUCUUCAUUAUCGAGCGACUGUCAUGCACACGACGGGUGAGAGCUGGCGCGGUAUUACGCUCACGCUGAGCACAGCGCGUCCGAGCCUUGCAGACGAGUCCAUACCGGAGCUAACACCGUCGCGACUCGUACCCCCCGACCCUCUGGCUGGAUACCGAGUACAGCCGCCCGUGAUAGUUUCCCGUCCUCGAAUGACUAGAAGAAGGUCACGUACUCCGUCCCUGUCCCGUUCGCGCUCCCCAAGCUUUUCGAGGGACAGGCGCCGCAUGGAAGUGGAAAGACCGGCCGAGAGCAUCUCUUCAGUUUCUAAGGAAUCAGAAUGGGUGGCUAGCGAAGAGGAAGAUGUCGCUUUCGUCACUCCUACAUCCUCAUUUGAGACCCCGACUUCCAUCGCGAAGGAGAGUCCUUUGUUUAUUUCGUACAAGAUCGACGGAGAGUCAAGCAUCCCGAGUGAUGGCGAGGAUCAUACAGUCUCCAUCGCCGAACUGCCCUUCGAAACCUCAAUAACUCACGUCGUUGUACCGAGGGUCAAGGCUAUUGUGUAUCUGGAAGCCAAGGUCAAGAACACGAGUGACUAUCGCCUCAUGCCCGGCCCAGUCAACAUCUUCUUCGAUGAUAGCUUUGUAUCGAAGACCUCCGUCAAGAAUAUCGCUCCAGGCGGUGACUUCACUUGUACCCUCGGGCCCGACAUGGGGACGCGUGUUACUUACAACCGUGUCUCCAAGUUGGAGACCGAUGUUCAAGCAAGCCGUUUCUCCGAGCGAUACUCAACUACGGCCUGCUCGGCGAGCACGACCAUCGUCAACACUCAUCCAUUCGCGCUCGCAACAUUUGUCGUGCGAGACUCACUCCCUAUCAGUGACGACGAGAAACGCGUGCGCGUCGUUCUGCGGGAGCCCGCUUUGCUCGCGGAGGCCGAGCAAGGAGAGGAGAAGGACGUCUGGGAACAUAAGGUUCGCUGGGGCGAUACCCAGGGACGGAAAGAUGGGUUGUAUGAAUGGGUCUGCUCAGUUGACGCCGGGAAGGAGGUCACGUUGUCGACGGCCUGGGACGUCAAGGCUCCUACCGAUGUCAAGUGGACUGAAGUUUCUUGA